AGCAGGGGGGAGGGAGGGCGGGCGCGGGGGGCGCGGGCAGGGCGGGGGGGUGUGUGCGCGCUCGGAGGUUUCGGGCCAGCCACCGCCGCGCGAGCUAGAAGCGCCCCAGCCCGGCAAGCUGGCUCACCCGCUGGCCACCCAGCACAGCCCGCUGGCCCCUCUCCUGCAGCCCAUCUGGCGGAGCGGCGGCGGCGGCGGCGGCGGCAGGAGAAUGGCAUCAGAACUGGCAAUGAGCAACUCCGACCUGCCCACCAGUCCCCUGGCCAUGGAAUAUGUUAAUGACUUCGAUCUGAUGAAGUUUGAAGUGAAAAAGGAACCGGUGGAGACCGACCGCAUCAUCAGCCAGUGCGGCCGUCUCAUCGCCGGGGGCUCGCUGUCCUCCACCCCCAUGAGCACGCCGUGCAGCUCGGUGCCCCCUUCCCCCAGCUUCUCGGCGCCCAGCCCGGGCUCGGGCAGCGAGCAGAAGGCGCACCUGGAAGACUACUACUGGAUGACCGGCUACCCGCAGCAGCUGAACCCCGAGGCGCUGGGCUUCAGCCCCGAGGACGCGGUCGAGGCUCUCAUCAGCAACAGCCACCAGCUCCAGGGCGGCUUCGAUGGCUACGCGCGCGGGGCGCAGCAGCUGGCCUCGGCGGCCGGGGCCGGCGCCGGCGCCUCCCUGGGCGGCAGCGGCGAGGAGAUGGGCCCCGCCGCCGCCGUGGUGUCCGCCGUGAUCGCCGCGGCCGCCGCGCAGAGCGGCGCGGGCCCGCACUACCACCACCACCACCACCACCACGCCGCCGGCCACCACCACCACCCGACGGCCGGCGCGCCCGGCGCCGCGGGCAACGCGUCCGCCUCGGCCAGUGGCGCGGGCGGCUCGGGCGGCGGCGGCCCGGCCAGCGCCGGGGGCGGCGGCGGCGGCGGCGGCGGCGGGGGCGCGGCGGGGGCGGGGGGCGCCCUGCACCCGCACCACGCCGCCGGCGGCCUGCACUUCGACGACCGCUUCUCCGACGAGCAGCUGGUGACCAUGUCGGUGCGCGAGCUGAACCGGCAGCUGCGCGGGGUCAGCAAGGAGGAGGUGAUCCGGCUGAAGCAGAAGAGGCGGACCCUGAAAAACCGCGGCUAUGCCCAGUCCUGCCGCUUCAAGAGGGUGCAGCAGAGGCACGUCCUGGAGUCCGAGAAGAACCAGCUGCUGCAGCAGGUCGACCACCUCAAGCAGGAGAUCUCCAGGCUGGUGCGCGAGAGGGACGCGUACAAGGAGAAAUACGAGAAGCUGGUGAGCAGCGGCUUCCGAGAAAACGGCUCGAGCAGCGACAACCCGUCCUCUCCCGAGUUUUUCAUGUACCCAAGGGAAUCCUCUACAUCAGUGAUGUGAAAAAUCCUGUUGCCUGAAGUCAAAGAGAUGUUCCUGACACUGGCUAAGACCCAUCUGGAUGCAACCGGGCCUUAACAGAGCUGCCUUGGGGCAGGGCAGGUGGGACACUUGUACAUAGGGGAGAGGCCUGUUGGUAGUUUUCCUGUCACCUGUGGGAGUUUCCUUAUGGGACUAGUAUAAACAGCUCUUCCCAGGUUCUAAGUACCCAUCAGUUUGUUUUUGCUUUGUUGUUUUUUUUCCUAGUCUCACAAUUAGCUGAGCGGAUAUAUUUUAUCCUGACUCUACCUAUGCCGAUGUGAAUUCAAACCAGUGUAAGGAAGGCUUUACUCUGUUAUGAACUGGGAUAUAAACAAAAAACACAGUAAAAGGACUCUGAAAUCUCGUUUCCAUUUUGUAUAAUGCGUCCUCCCAUGUUGCCCGUAAUCAUCCAGAAAUAAAAUGCAAGCAUGGUUUCCCGACACCCAGUGUCAGUGUGGGUGCCUGAGCACAGCUAUUUAAUUCAAACAUAAAAUUAAAGAUGUCGUAACCGUAUUUCCCUUGCAGAGUCCAUCAAAAUAUUUUAACAGAAACGGUGAAUCAGGUGUUCUCAUGCAAAGGCCAUAUGCAAACUCAGACCGUAAGUUUUCAUUUUUCGGUGCCUCCGUUUGAAAAGCCCACGUGAGAACAGUGGCUGGUCUUGACUCCGGCUUCACUGCAGACCCCUCAGGCUUCUCAGUACUCAGUUUUUAGGGUAAAUGCCCCGUCCUGGAAGACAGCAAGAAGUAGGAUGCUGUCUGGCAUGCAGAUUUGGAGAGCGGACCAGCCCAUCGCAGAUUCCAUGAGGAUGUCUUAAGCAAAUUACAUCACUGUAUUUGUUGGCACUGAGAAAAGAAGGGAAAAUAAUUCUGUUGAAAGUGUUUUAUUACUGGGACUUACCUUACCUGAUUGUUGUUUUUGUCUGUUUAUUUAGAUUAUGUUCCUGCCAAACCACCCCAACCCCCUUUCCAUACAAGGCUGCCUAAUGUUCUCCCUUCUGUAGACACUGGCCCACUAGUGAGCAGAUUUAAUCAAUUCAUUACGGCCAAGCAGGUACAGGGCAACCAGCUUAAUGAACUCACAUUAUUUUCAGUCAAGGUUAGGAUGCUAUUGAAGGGGCUGCCUUAAAGAAAGAAACAUGAUGCAUUUGUGGGGGUGGGGGAGGAAGAAGGAAUAUUUGCUUGAGUAUAGCACUAGUUAUUUAAAACAAAAUGAUGCUUCGGUAAAGAGCUUUCUUUCUAAAAGUGCACAUUCAGUCACCUGCCAAAAUUUCAGAUGUAUUGCUGCCAUUCACAGAUGCCAAUGUUGAAACCCUCCUCGCCUGCCGAUUGCUGAGUCUUUCAUUUGCUCGAUCCAAAAAUUACUGUAAAGUUAUUUAGUGUCCACCUUUUUUUUUUUUUUUGCUUUUCCUGGCACCUAAUGAAAUUACCUGCAAUAAAUGAGCUAUGCAGAAGGGUUGGUUUUGCUUUUUUUUUUUUUAUUUUUUUUUUUAUGUUUUUGGUCUCCUUUUUUGUUGGGGCAGGGGAGAAUAUUUGGAAAACGCUGGGACAAGGGUAAGCCAGUGGGAAAAUUCGGAGUGCCUCUCUUUCCAGUGUCUACAGGAAAUAUAAUAAAGCUAUUGGCAUUUAUAUAAUUUCAGAUGGGAACUAAUAGGGAGCCGGGAGGGGGGAGGAAGUGUCAGGUGUUGAGUGGGAACAUCAAACCAGCUGUGGGAAUCAGGGUCAUUGCCACUGGAGACAGCACAGCUCUGACCUCCAGUAUAUGCUGCUGGAAGAUAUUAACACCUAAUUAACAAGCCAGGGGCGCAUCCUACACCUUCAUCACUGGUGAGGUGAAAAGGACAGAAAAAGAGAGGAAGGGAGUUUGUUUUUGCCAUUCCCUCAGCAAGCAUCCAUCCUCUAAUAAAGGGUCACCCACAUGCAGCAAGUGAGGAUUUCUUUUUAGUCCUUUCCGUCUAUGGAAAAGCACAGUAACUUCAUUUGCUAGCAGGUAGGCAGUGGAGGUGAGAAUUUAACUGAUCUGAAAUUGCCCCUGAGGUCAUGCCUCCUUUAAAUUGGGUUCUACAGAUAAAGUUUCUUUUCUUCUUCCCUGGCUCCUGCCAGCAGCCAAGCUGACUCUUGAUUGGGGGGGGGGGGGGGGUGUGCAAUUAUUUAAAGAGAUUCUGACACCAGGGUUGAACCCCCUCCCCCGGCCCAAAGUUAAUCAGAAUGGACAGCGUUUGUUACAGAUGGUGGUUAAUUAAAGGGCUUGGGUCUAUAUUGCGAUGCUGUGCCUCUGGCUUGUUUGUGUUUUAAAAUAAGGUUCAUUCCUGAUGUACAGGAAACGGCGGGGGAAGCGUCUCUUACUCGGCUGAUAAUUUUGCAUGCAAAGUAGAAUUUUGUUUUCUUUUAAAUUUUCUCUUCCUUAUUUAGCCCCCCCCCACCCCCCGCCCGCCACCUUUCUAAUGGAGCCUUUGAAGUCCUUUCAAAAAAUCUUAGGGUGCACGCUUUGAUAGUGUUGGAAAUCCUGCCCUGCUUUUCAGAAGGCCAGGUGAGUCUGCUGGACAGGAGCCCUGGCCCCUCUCAUCCCCCAGCGGCAAGGGUCGCCAGGAGGGAGCAGACAUCUCUAAACUCAUUUUGACCUUCCUGGACCCCAGUUGAGAACCGCUGUUUCAUUCUUUGCCCCAGUGGGUAGUGCCUACUGGCAGCUCUGUCCUGAUGCUCAAAGGCUAUUUUGUUUAUGUGUUAUUCAGUUUUCCCAGACUUUUUGUUUUCAUUAUUUUUUUCUUUUUCUCCUUUUAAAGCCUGGAAGCAGUUCCUCACCACUGCACAGUAGAAGGAAAGUGUGCCUGCUUUAACAGGCGUGUUUGGAGCCCGAGUUCCCCCUUUCAGGGAAGGAGCGACAGUUUGGGACAAGGACAGGAUGUCUGGAUACCUCAGGGCGGCUCUGUGGCCCAAGGCGGAGAGCUCCCAGCUCCCCCCCCACCCCCAUCCUCGCUGGCAGCCACUGGAGAUUCACCACGCAUGCGCACGCGAGGCCCCGUGGCAUCCCCUUGUUUCCCAGGAUGCACGGCCUUCCCGCGUGCUCGCUGCUCUCCUGGUCUAGUGCAGCCUUUGCAACCGGAACUCUCGCGGCUUUUCAAAGUCUCCCCCAGCUUAGCUGUUGGCGAUAAAACUUGGUAAAAAUGGGAUGUGUUCAAAACACUCUAGUCUCCCUGGGGAACCUGGUUAAUUAGAAUGUUACCUGUGUUGGCUCCGAUCUUUGCUUAGUUUGUAGCAUCCUGAAAGCCCUAGUGUAAAAAGCCCAAAGGUCAGUGUAGCAAAAUAGCACGUGACUCACGCGGUAAACCCUCCUUACACCUUUGUGGGCGGCUAAUAGGCCCAGCUCUCAAACUCAGGGGGGAGGACUUGAGUUGGAGCCUUUGGGCUUUACAAGCAGGUACCUACCCCAGAGCAGAGGGUUCCCUUGUCCUCCAGAGCUUGGAGCUUUCCCAGCAGCGCGGUGACAGUCGCCCGGCUCCGGAGAGGAAAAAAAAGUAAGGAAGGAUUUCGAUUGAUUGAUUGAUUGAUUGAUUGAUUGAUUUUUCCUCCUCUUUUAUUCGAGCCAGCUGGUAUGAGUAAUGAAAACCUUUCCAUCCCGGUUGUUGAGAAAUGUGUGUUUUUCAGGGCCCUGGUGGGGACUGUGGUGGCGGGAGAUGAGGGGUGGGGAUGGGGGCUGCAGAGCCCACACAUGCUUCUGUCUGUCUUUACUCAGCAUUUUACAGUGUCGGUCAGAUUCUGUAUCCUCUUCAGCAUCAUUUCCUAAUACAAUAAAAAAGGCCCCUUCCCGUAUUUGCCACGGUUAACAGAUCAGAUGCUUCAAUUUAGGAAAGAUGGGAUCCAAGCGUGUGAUUUCACUGUGAAUUCAUCAGGUGUUACUUGCCAAGGUAUUGAGGACGCAAUUAUUCUGAGACUGCAUCUUUUUACUGUUUCUUUAAAAUUUGAGAUCAGGCCAAUGGCUGGUUUCAGCUUGAGGGUUCUGCCCCCUCUUCCUUCCUUCCUUCAUUCCUUUCUUAAUUUCUCUUUCUUUCUUUCUUUUCUUCUUCUUCUUUUUUUUUUUCUUUUCUUUUUCUUUUUGGCUGUUGCAAGCUGCAAUAAAGUGACCUGUAAUUUAUAAUCAAAGUUUGGUAUCGUUAAACUGUAAAAUCUGACUGUGGGGUUUUGCUGGUAAAAUAAAUAUUUGAAAAAAUAUAGCAGUGAGGCUUGUACAGUAGAGGCAAUGUCAGUACAUAUAUAUCUGUGUAUAUGAAUAUAUGUGUGUAUUUUUUACUGGAGGCUCUUAAGCUAGCCCUGAAAAAGCAUCUUACAAACCUGUGACUGUCAACAUGCAAGUAUGAGGACACCCUGAUAAGAAUAUAAGCAUAUUCUCUUUAAUGAACUUUGAAUUUGUUUUGUAAACUCCGUUCGUCCUUCACGUUAACUUAUUUUUUCAGUUAUGUCAUUUUGGCCCUAAAGAGUCAGCGUAUACAUGCUUGAAUUCUCUGUCCGUGAGCUAUAGUGUGCCUUGGCUAGAAAGACUUUUUUUUUCUUUUCUUCUAACAAGGAAGCUCAUUUAGAAAGAAAUGUUUAUGUGAAGUGCUUGUCAGUUGGCAUUUUUACUGGGUUGCUAACCCAAAGGUAAAAUAUAAAGCUAUGUCUUUUCCUCGCCGGCUUGUUGUUACUAGAAGGGUCCCUCCCUUGUUAGCUUGAUAAAUAAUUUUGCUAGGGGGACCUUGCUGUAUUUUUAUGCUUGCUGUCUAUUUUCUGCUUGCUGCAAAUAAAUUUCUGUACUCAGAGGGCACUAAAACUCCAAACACAUGGUAUUUUCCCAUUUUGCUGCUGGUCGCCUGAAAUAUUUAUUCCAUCUCCUGUUUUUAAUUACUUUUUUAAAGGAAAAAAAUAAUUUGUGAUUAGUAUUAGCCCUUUAUUUCUCCGGUUGGUUGGGUUUGAACCUGGAAGUCUAGUUUUUUGAAAGGCUUUGAACAUCAAACCCUGUUUCAUAUUUGUCACAUUGAAGCCAAGAGUUAUUUAUUUGGGGGAGUCCUGAAGUUUUCUCAUUAUAGAGUUCCUUGUCUGUCUUUCCAACUCUAAGUGUUAAGUUGUUAAUAUGAGAAAUGAAGAGGGGAGUAGAAUUCUACCUAGAAAUAAGACACUACACAAUCAAUUCUUUACAUUUGAAAAAUGAUACAUUGUGUGUAAAUGGAGAUGAAAUUGAUCAUAGGUAUCAAUAUAGCUAUCAGCAUCCCUAAGCCCCAGGCCUUGAGACUUGGGGUUCAUUACUCCCUAGGAGAGAUUGGUGUGGGUCAGUCAUUGGGGCAAAAUAGAAGGUUUCCUGGCGUAAACC